AUGUCUCCAAGGGAAAACAUAGCCACACCUGAUAAUGGCUUCUAUGUGCUUGUCACGGGCGCUAACAGCGGACUGGGCCUUGCCAUUGGCACUCGCCUGAUUGAUGAGUUCCUCCAGACGCGCCCCCAAUCCGAGUCGCUUGUCCUCAUCAUCACAACGCGAGACAGACGCAAGGGCGACGCGACGAUCGAAACCCUAGAAAAGCACCUGCGCACGGUGAUCAGCAGCCAUGAACGCAUACUUCCAGGCAUCUCGCAGGUGCUGCAGCGACGCGUGUACUUUCGUCAGGAGCGAUUGGAUCUGUUGAGCUUGGUGUCGGUGCAGAAGCUCUGCAAGAAACUCCGCGAGACGACCCCUAAGCUCGACGUCGUCGUCUGUAAUGCAGGUAUAGGCGGCUGGACGGGCAUCAAUUGGCCGCUUGCUAUAUGGACCAUCCUCACCGGCUGGAAGAGCGCUGUGACUUGGCCUACGUUCAAGCUUGCAGGCGUUGGCCGGGUUGCAAAGCCGCAGAUACCUGCAGACAAGAGGGUAGAGGAGCCUCCUCUCGGCGAAGUCUUCUGUGCCAACUUCUUUGGGCAUUAUCUCCUGGGCCACUACCUAGCUCCUUUGCUCGCAAAGCACCCAAGAAAUGAACACACAAGAGGCAGAUUGAUAUGGGUUAGCAGCUUGGAAGCAUAUGAUCAUAUGUUUGAUAUCAAUGACCUGCAGGGUCUUGCAUCGCACGCACCGUACGAAUCGUCGAAGCGACUGACCGAUGUCAUGGCCAUCUGCUCGAGGCUCCCCUCUACAGCUGACUUGGUAGCACACUAUUUCGACGGCGCGCACGAUAGCGAGAAGACUAGCAGUCCGAGGAUUUACACCAGCCACCCUGGCAUCUGCGGCACAUCAAUCAUCGCCCUCCCCGUCAUCCUCGAAUACCUCAUGUUCACCGCCUUCUACAUAGCCCGCUGGCUCGGUAGCCAAUGGCACCCGGUCACGGCUGCCAAAGGGGCGACGGCCAUGGUGUGGCUGGCUCUCGCGAAACAGAGCACACUAGACAGUAUGGAGGGCAAGGAUGGGGUAGGCAAAUGGGGUAGUGCGACUGACGUUUGGGGCCGAGAGCGUGUUGAACGUACUGAGGUCGCAGGUUGGGGCUGGGGUGGCAGACUUGGCGAGACGAGGACAAGUGGCCGUGAUCCGUAUGCACAAGACGUCAGUCAAGAAAACCAAGAGAGGUUUUUGCAGAUUGGCCAGAAGUGUUGGGAGGAAAUGGAAAGGCUCCGGAGGGAAUGGGAAGAGCGGCUACGUGUAGCUGGGAUUGCCGUUGAGAUGGAAUCGUAA